GCGAUGGAACAUUAUUGGUGACUGGUGGAAGGUGUUUGAGUGUAUGGACUGCUGACUGUUCGAGCCUUUGAGGUACCACCACCACCGCCGCACCAGCAAUCCGACAUUCCGAUGCCCAACAAGGGUUAAGCCUACGCUGAUUCCGGAGGGAGUGAGGCUGCGGCGGCUAUGUCAUUACUCAUUGACUAUCGUUAUUGUGAUCUAAGACGAAUGUUUAGCUGUAGGAGUGUACGGACAAUACGACGUAUUUUUAUGGUGACAAUGGAUGAAUGAGGAGACGGCCCGACGGGUCUCACGCAUUCGGCACGUUCUUGCCUUCUUGGAAACAGCUGCAGCUGUUGUGUACAAGACACAAAAUACCCGUUUCAUUGUUUGAAUAAAUAUAAAAACUCGCCGACUUGUCGUUACCAGUGGCGCAACUAAGGGGGGUGGGGGUUAUGACCCCCCUGAAAUUUUUUUUGAUGUUUUUGCAAUGCAUGAACUAACUUCUUAUAUUAUGGUUCAUGAUUUUAGAUAUAUUAUAAUAGUCUGCGCUACAACCGUGAUUCGUUUGUAUUAUUAUAGAUAACAAUGAUAUAAAGCCCGCCGCACACGACACUUUUUUUGGUGCUGGUUCACGUAUGGGGAGCUGUGUCGCUGUGAUGGCAACAUUGAUGGAUUCGGUGAUUGAAAAUGACGUCACUGCUUGCUCCGUUGCGUGAACGCGGGCUGGACUUCGGUGAUAGAUCAUGUGCGUGAUAGUUUGAACAAUUUAUGCAGCAACCAAUCAGAAAAUAGAAUUUUGUCACGUGGGCCAACAACAGCGUUUUCGAUUACGCCGUGGUGAUAUUAUUAUACUGAUAAGUGUCAAGUGAUAAUAUAUUAAAUAUUACUAUAAUAAUUAAUAAUAUCUAGUCUUUAAAUUUUUAAAAGCACAAGUUUGAAGUGUGAACUGUGUAGUUAGUUCCAGUUGCUACCUUACUUAAUACUUAUAAUUACCGUAAAUAAAUUUACAAGUAAAAGAUGCAGACACAAAAACCUGAAAAGUGGUCGAAUGACCAAAUAGAGUUGUUGAUUGAUGCAUAUAAGGAAGAGCUCUGCUUAUUAGCAACAAAUCUGGCCACAUAUCACAAUAAGCAUUUAAGGGCAGAUGCCAUGGAACGUGUAUGUAAAGCUGUGACAAGCUUAAGGCCAUUAACAAAUACAUAAGAAUGUUCAACAAAAUUCCACAACCUACGAAACCAAUUCAACAUUGAAAAUGCCAAAGUUAAAGCAUCAUUCAAAAGCGGGACUGGUACUGAUGACAUUUACAAACCAUCCUUAUGGUAUUAUGAAAAGCUUUUAUUUUUGGAUCCAUAUGUUACACCUCGUAAAAGCCGGAAUUUGAUGGAAAACGAAGUAAAAAAACCAGAUUUACCAUGUGAGAAUACUAAUAUAAUAUACACAUUAGAAGAAAUUAGUAAUCAAAGUUUGGAGUUUGGAGAUAAUGAGUUAAUCCAAGAAAUAUUUGUGCCAGACGACAGGGACCCACAAACUGAUGAAGAAUUUGCAGCAAGUUCUUCCCAACAUUUUACACUUCCUAGCCAUAUCAGCCCACCACUAUCAACACCAUCAACAUCUUCAACAAGCAAUUCAAAUAGCCACCCUAAAAAAAAGUUUCGUUACAAUCCGAUUGAUGACGAAUAUGCAAGUGCCAUUAAUCAUCUUGCAGAGUCAAUGAGUCAACCGAUUACCAUUAACAGUACAGAUAUUAUUAGGAAUACACCGACUCCAUCAUCAGACUCAAUUGAUACAUUUGUAGUAUUUAUAGGAUCACUACUUAGAACCAUAAAAAAUGAAGGUAUAAAGCUGGAAGCAAUGAACAGUAUUACCCAAACUGCAUUUGAUGCAAAAUCAAAAGACAUUAACAAUGAUGUUUAACUUGUUGAUUAAACUGGUACUUUUGCGUACUCUGAUUUUUUAUUAUAUUAUUAUUAUUUUUGUGACCUUCAUAAGACUGAAGAAAGAGUUAAUUUAUUAUUUCUUUUAUUUUCUUUUAUUAUAUUAUUAUUAUUAUUAUUUUUGUGAACUUCAUAAGACUGAAGAAAGAGUUAAUUUAUUAUUUCUUUUAUUUUCUUUUAUUAUAUUAUUAUUAUUAUUAUUUUUGUGAACUUCAUAAGACUGAAGAAAGAGUUCAUUUAUAAUUUAUAUUAUUUUUAUUAAAGAUAUUUAGUAGGAUAUUUAACUAUGGUAUUAAGUUGUUACAUUUGCAUACACUGAUUUUUAUUAUAUUAUUAUUAUUAUUAUUUUUUUUUGUGAACUUUAUAAGACUGAAGAAAUAGUAAGACAACUAUACAAUAUUUUUAAACUUAUAUUUACUACAAUAUUUUAAAACUUCACGUCACUACCGAUUGCCCAUUUCUAUUGCAGUAUAUUGGAAGGGUACUGCACCUGCAGUAUUGAAAUACUCGCAAAACUUAUCACGGAUCUCUAAGGCGUUAUUACAGCUACGAUUACCAGUCUGUUGCUCCAAACCAUACUGAUGUUCAGAUAACUGUUCUUCAUGUUUGUAUUAAAAUUGUUUGAAAUUCUAUAGUUGUUAGGUACAUACCAUUGAUGGGAGUUUUUCUUGGUGAUGAGGUAAUUAUGUAAAAGCACACAAGCAUGAUUAAUUGUUUCAACCCUGUCACAAGUUGUUCAUGUGAGAGAAAUUUUCCAAGCUUAACAUUGUAAAGUCAAAACUUCGGGCUAGUAUGAAUCAAGAGCGUCUUGACAACUAUAACACAGUGGCUUCAAUGGCUAAAUCAUUCUGACAGAGCAGAUAUUUUUAUUAACUUCAAUAAAACAUCACAAUUAUUUACUACAAUCCCUGCCACAAGUUGUUCAUGUGAGAGAGCUUUUUCCAAGCUUAACAUUGUAAAGUCAAAACUUCGGGCUAGUAUGAAUCAAGAGCGUCUUGACAGCUUACUUUUUAUGAGUAUUGAACAAGAAGUAUGCACAAAAAUUGAUUAUGGGGAAAUAAUCGAAGAAUUCAAGACAUUAGUUCAAGGAAAUCGACGAUUAGUCUUAUAACUAUGUGUUUGGUGGUUUAGUGUACCUAUUAUAUGUAGUAAUGUGUAAUUCUGUAUAAAUAUAGUCUUUUUUUAUUUUAACCGUAAUAUUGCCAUAAAACCAUAACAUAAACUGAGUACCUACCUACAAGAAAAAAUUGUGCCGCACCUAUACAAAAUCUCUGCGCACGCCUAUGACAUGUAUGAAACAUAUUAUAAUCUGUGUUACUGUUGUAUUAUAUUUAAUUGACAUAAUUAUUAUAAUAAAAUUAAUUUUUAUUGUGAUAUGUAACUAUGUCCAUUUAUUUGUUUAAAAUUCCCUACUAAUAUUGUACCGAACUCGAAAAAAAAAUUGUAAGAUUUUCUGUAGACCAAUUCAUUACCUCAUGAUAAAGUAACUGAAAACCAGUUUGAAACUAAUCGAAAAACAUCACUUAAUAAAAUGGAUGUUUUGAAAAGUCC